ACAGUUCCGCAUUGCUUGAAUCUCCAGCUGCGCGUGCGCCGUUGCACCUAUUAUUUUGUUCUCCCGCAAGCAAUAAAUGAAGAGCCGCCCGAACGCGUGUUGAUCAAUAUAUAUUUAUUUAACAGGCGGACACAGCGGGUUUGCUCAUAAACUGGCGCUUUUAUACAUGGAGUCACACGACACCUAGCUCUCGUUCUCGCCAGGCUGCGGGGUACGCCAUCGGGGGAUAGGAGGCCGAACAACGGCAGACGAACAGGACAUGCAGAGGUGUUUUUGUAAAAGCUAGCUGGCAAAGCAGGGCAUCGGAGGAGCCGAGCGUUGAAGAGUUUUCCAGCACCCCACCUUUUGCAGAAAGAGACAUCUGCUGUCAUCCAUAGCGACCUGCCGUCAGGAUGGCGCACCUCCAGAUGCAGAAUCAGAAUUCCCGUCUUGAUCCCGAGGAGUACUUCACAAAGCAGGAACGCAUCGGCAAGGGCUCUUUUGGUGAGGUCUACAAGGGCAUCAACAAUCGCACCAAGGAGGUGGUGGCCAUCAAGAUCAUUGACCUGGAAGAGGCAGAAGAUGAGAUUGAAGACAUUCAACAGGAAAUCACGGUUCUCAGCCAGUGUGACAGCCCUUAUGUCACAAAAUACUAUGGCUCAUAUCUCAAGGGAACAAAACUGUGGAUCAUUAUGGAGUAUUUGGGAGGCGGCUCUGCUUUAGAUUUACUGAAACCAGGGCCGCUCGAGGAGACUUACAUCGCCACUAUAUUACGGGAGAUUCUGAAAGGACUGGAAUACUUGCAUUCAGAGAGGAAAAUUCACAGAGAUAUCAAAGCUGCCAAUGUGCUGCUGUCUGAGCAGGGGGAUGUGAAGUUGGCCGAUUUUGGUGUGGCGGGGCAGCUCACAGACACCCAGAUCAAAAGAAACACUUUUGUGGGAACACCGUUCUGGAUGGCUCCAGAGGUCAUCAAACAGUCCGCCUAUGACUUUAAGGCAGACAUUUGGUCCUUGGGAAUUACGGCAAUCGAACUGGCGAAAGGGGAGCCCCCGAACUCUGACCUGCACCCGAUGCGAGUGUUGUUCCUUAUACCCAAAAACCCUCCUCCUACACUAGAGGGCUCCUAUAGCAAACCCUUCAAAGAGUUUGUAGAGGCCUGCCUCAAUAAAGACCCUCGCUUUCGGCCCACCGCCAAGGAGUUACUGAAGCACAAAUUCAUCACGCGCUACACCAAGAAAACGUCUUAUCUGACAGAGCUCAUAGACCGAUACCGCCGCUGGAAAUCUGAAGGCCAUGGAGACGAGUCCAGCUCUGAUGAUUCUGACAUGGAUGGAGAUGGUGAUGAAAAAGAUCAGUGUCCUAUAUGGACUUUUCCUACAGUGCGGCCCAGCUCCAUGAACAAGCUCCAGAAGGGCUUUACAAACACAGAGUCGGAAGCAGCCGAAACCGUACAGAGGCAGCCCAAGUCGCAAUGUCUGUCGUCGCUGGUCUCUCCUAUCUUCAGAGAGCUGAAGGAGAAGAGGAGGGCUUGUGGAGGUGGAAUGGGUGCCAUAGAGGAGCUGGAGAAUGCUUUUAACCUGGCAGAAGAGUCCUGCCCUGGCAUCUCUGACCUCCUGGUUACACACAUGAUGGAAAGAGUUUGCAGGUUUGCACUGAAUGGCAACACCACGCCAUCUUCACGGUGAAGCCCCGCCCCUGCUGCUGAUGCCCCUCCCUCUGCCUGCCCCUAACCACCGCAGUCCCAUCAGGACCACAACACAAUUGCCCUUCAUUCACCCUCUUUCAACGGUUCCCCAGAGAUCUUUUAAUUAGUUACAAUUCAAUAUUUUUACAGUUUUCUUUAUAGAACGGAAAGUAUUUAAGAGAAAAGCCAUGUCAUUGAGCGAACUGUGUUUACCUGUUAGAUCAAAAAGCCUAUUAUAAAGUGUUUAUGGAA